AUGGGACCUAGUCCGUCCCUGCCUGACAGACCAUUUUUAACAAUAACAAUAACAUUUGCUACGUAUCAGAUUAUGAAGACAGAUCAUACGUUAAAACAAAAUCCGGAAAACAUACCACCUUUGGGUAAGAGACCAGUGAUGUUGACAUGCCCAAGGUGCAAACAACAAGUGAUGACAAUAGUGAACACACAAACAUCGUCUACAGCUUAUAUAUGCUGCUUGUUGAUGAUUAUUAUUGGGUGUUAUAUUUGUUCGUGUGUGCCAUUAUGCAUGAAUAGCUUUAAGAACAGACAGCAUUCAUGUCCAUUGUGUAAUGCUUUCAUUGGACUUUACAAACCAUAA